CUGAUACAAAGCUCAAGUAAAGAAACUCCUUUUGUCAUCAUGUGGAGCUCUACAAGAACCGAUAUGACCAAACACAACUGGGUUCCAAAUCACUUUGUUCCCCUAAUACCUUCAUAUCAUCUAAAAACUCCAGAAGUUGACAUAGACUUUCUUGAGGAUGGGGACGAAGCGUUCUCUUUGGAUGACAGUGUUAUGAUGACACUAUUGCAGACUGUGACCAAUGUCGAAUUUGAUGACAAUAAUGGUGUGGUUAAUGAUAAAAACACAGCCAUCAAUGGCACAACUGUUGAUGAACCCUGCGACAUCAAUGGCAUAACUGAUGGUGAACCCCAAGACAUCAAUGGUUCAACUAUUGUUGAGACCCAAGACAUCAACGUCACAACUGGGAAUGAACCCCAAGAAAUCAAUGGUACAACUUGUGCUGAGACCCAACACAUCAAUGGCACUGGUGAUGAACCCCAAGACAUCAAGUGCACAACUGAUGGUGAACCCCAAGACAUUAAUUGCCCAACUGUUGAAGAUAACCAAAACAUCAAUGGCGCAACUGACGGUGAACCCCAAGACAUCAAUGUCACAACUGAUGGUGAACCCAAAGACAUCAACGGCACAACUGUUCGAGAUACCCAAAACAUCAAUGGCGCUACUAGUGUUGACAUCACAGAUAUCAAUGGUGCACCUGGUGAUGAGUUCCAAGACACCAAUGAUACAACUGGUGGUGAGCCCGAAGACAUUAAUGGCACAACUGGUGAUGAGACCCAAGACAUCAAUGGCACAACUGAUGGAGAAAGCCAAAAUGUCAAUGGCACAACUAGUGAUAAGACCAAAGACACAACUGUUGGAGAGACCCAAAACAAUGCCACAACUGGUGAUGAGCCACUGGACAUCAAUGGCACAACUUGUGUUGAGACCCAAAACAUCGAAGGCACACCUGCCAAUGAGACCCAAAACAUUAAUGGCACAACUUGUGGUGAGACCCAAAACAUCAAUGGCGCAACUGGUGAUGAGCCCCAAAACAUCAAAACCAAAACUGGUGAUGAGCACCAAGACAUCAAUGGCACAACUGGUGAUGUACCCCAAGACACCAAUGGCACGUCCGGUGUUGAGCUCCAAGACAUCAAUGGUACAUUUGUUGAUGAGCCCCAAGACAUCAAUGUCACACCUGUUGAUGAAACCAAAUUCAUCACUGCCACAACUGGUGAUGAGCCCCAAGACAUCAAUGGCACAACUGUUGAUGAACCCCAAGUUACCACUGCAAUAACUGGUGAUGAACCCCAAGACAUCAAUGAUACCACAGAUGAGCACAACACAUGCAUCAAUAGAUUGCCACAUGAUAAGAACACAGGAAUUAAUGGAACCACAAGUGAUGAGCACAAAACAUUCAAUUGUAGAAAAUAG